GCAGAUGGCAAUAUGGCUGUAGCUUUCGAGUUUCGCUGGCAGUGCGCGGUGCUCGCAUCAUUUUCAGUACAGAAGUAGUAUUUCUGACGGCUCUAAAGUUUCGUUUUUAGUUUUUUUAGUGGUUGUUGUCUCUGUUUACCUUGAUUUAACUAAAGUUUUGUGGCAAAAUUACUGAUAUUUCAUUUCCGUCGUCACCAGAAUUUAUUCGACGACAAAAUGGCGUCGCUUGACAAGAUUUUACUGCAAAAUAUUUUUUCGCAUUUUAUUCGCUUAUCAUAAAAAUAUGCAGUUAAAUUUAAUACCGUGUGUUUUCUUAACAUUUUUCUCAAUGAACUAUCCAGUUUUUCUUCGUUUCGGUCUUUAAUUAUAUAAGAAACCGUGUAUUCCUUGAAUUUACUACAAAAUGCACUUGAAGGGAUUCAUGAAUGAAUCUGGAAGUGAUUCUAAUAGCGAGAAAGGUGAGAAGAGUGAUUCCAGUGGUUCAGGCUCAGGCAGCGAAAGUGAAAGCGGAUCUAGUUCAUCUGGUUCUGGAUCUGAGAGGUCAGGAUCUGACAAAUCGGGGGACAGGUCACAUCACAGUGAUGAUACCAAAUCAUCACCAAAGCACAGUAACGCGAACUCUUCCAAAUCUGACCACCACACUGACAAAAAUUCUUCAGAUGAGGAUUCUCCUUCUAAAUCUAAAUCACGCAAUAAUCAUGCCAAAUUGAAAUCUGACCUAUGGGAGGAUAAUCCAGACAUAUAUGGAAUCAGAAGAUCAGCUAGAUCUCGAAAAGAGCCAGAUAGACUUAAAUUAGCAGAUAGUGAUUCUAGUGAAAGAGGCAGGACUCACAGUAGAAAAAGUAGGAAAAGAAGUGAUUCAUGGAAUUCAGACUCUUCAGAUAGUGAUAGUGACUUAAAAGGUUCACCACCUCCACCUUCAAAACGACCAGGCCAAAGAAGUGUACCUCUUCGAAAAAGAAAACCUACUCGUAGAAGAUUUACUAGUGAUGAGGAUGAAAGUUCUGAAGGCAGUGAUGAUGACCACAAAAGCAGAACAGCAACACGACGUACGGGCGCAGCAGUUAGUUACAAAGAAGCAAGUGAUGAACAAACUGACUCUUCCGAUCUUUUGGAGGUGGAAGGUGUGGAUGGUGAAGCUGAAGCAGAACCAGAACCUGAAGACCAUAGUGAGACUAUAGAAAGAAUCUUAGGGCACAGGAGAGGGAAGAAAGGAGUCACUGGAAAUGUGACUACACUUUACUAUAUAGAGGAGCAUGGAGAUCCUAAUGAAGGCUGUGAUCCAGAUGAUAUUGAAAACACUGAACCUCAAUAUUUGAUCAAAUGGAAAGGCUGGUCACAUAUUCACAAUACUUGGGAGUCAGAAAGGACAAUUAAUGAACAAAAAGUUAAAGGUCUCAAAAAAUUAGAAAAUUAUAUAAAGAAAGAAGCUGAUUUGUCAUGGUGGAGACAACAGGCAGGUCCUGAGGAUAUAGAUUACUAUGAAUGCCAAAAUGAGUUGCAGCAGGAAUUAGUCAAGACCUACAAUAAUGUAGAAAGGAUCAUAGCGGAACAAACACGUGAAUUAGAGGGUGGUGGCACAGCUCAUGAGUAUUUCUGCAAGUGGGAAUCUUUACCAUAUGCUGAUGCUACUUGGGAAGAUGCAUUACUAAUAGAAAAAAGAUGGCCUGAAGAAGUGGAACAAUUUAAAUACAGAGAAGCUGCUAAAACGACACCCUCAAGACAUUGUCCCGUCUUGCGAAGAAGACCUAAGUUUCACCAUGUCAAGGAACAGCCAGAUUACAUGGGCAAAGAUGCGAGUUACGUUUUAAGAGAUUAUCAAAUGGAUGGGUUGAAUUGGUUAAUACAUUCCUGGUGUAAAGACAACUCUGUUAUUCUUGCCGAUGAAAUGGGUUUAGGUAAAACUAUACAGACAAUUUGUUUCCUGUACUACCUCUUUCAAUCUCAACAACUAUAUGGACCAUUCCUAUGUGUGGUGCCUUUAAGUACAAUGACAGCAUGGCAAAGGGAGUUUCAGCAGUGGGCACCUGAUAUUAAUGUUGUUACUUAUAUUGGUGAUCUCAGUAGUAGGGAUAUUAUCAGACAGUUUGAAUGGAGUUUUGCCAGUUCGAAAAGACUGAAGUUCAAUGCCAUUUUAACUACAUAUGAAAUUUUACUCAAAGAUAGACAAUUCUUAAGGUCCUUUAGUUGGGCUUGCUUAUUAGUUGAUGAAGCGCACAGAUUAAAAAAUGAUGAUUCUUUGUUGUAUAAAGCACUUAAAGAAUUUGAUACGAAUCACAGAUUAUUAGUUACUGGUACUCCAUUACAAAACUCACUCAAAGAAUUAUGGGCCUUAUUACAUUUUAUUAUGCCUUACAAGUUUGAAUCAUGGGAGGAGUUUGAGAAAGACCACGAAGAUGCUGCGACCAAGGGUUAUGAAAAACUACAUAAGCAAUUAGAACCUUUUAUAUUAAGGAGGCAAAAGAAAGACGUAGAGAAAUCAUUGCCAGCUAAAGUAGAACAAAUAUUACGAGUAGAAAUGACAUCAAUUCAAAAGCAAUAUUAUAAGUGGAUCUUAACUAAAAACUAUAGUGCUUUACGAAAGGGUGUUAAAGGGUCUAUAAAUACGUUUAUUAAUAUAGUUAUUGAACUUAAGAAAUGUUGCAAUCACGCCUUAUUGACUAAGCCUGAAGAUUUUGAGUCCAGAGCGUCGUUAGCUACAACGGACGCUGUAGAGAAACUGCUGAGGGGCUCUGGAAAAUUACUCCUGUUAGAUAAACUAUUAUGUAGGUUAAAAGAGACAGGUCAUAGAGUGCUAAUAUUUUCUCAAAUGGUCAGAAUGUUAGACAUUUUGGCAGAAUAUUUACAAAGGAGGCAUUUUCCCUUUCAACGUCUUGAUGGCAGUAUAAAGGGUGAAAUAAGAAAGCAAGCCUUAGAUCACUUUAAUGCAGAGGGAUCUACCGAUUUCUGUUUUCUACUAUCCACCCGAGCUGGUGGUUUAGGUAUAAACUUAGCUACUGCAGAUACUGUGAUUAUAUUUGACUCUGAUUGGAACCCUCAAAACGAUUUGCAAGCUCAAGCGCGAGCUCAUCGUAUCGGACAAAAGAACCAGGUCAACAUUUAUAGAUUAGUUACCGCUCGGUCAGUAGAAGAAGAUAUUGUUGAGAGAGCUAAAAGGAAAAUGGUGCUUGAUCAUCUUGUUAUCCAGCGUAUGGACACCACUGGUAGAACUGUUCUUAAUAAACGCGAUGCUUCAGGGACAAGCGCCAAUAACCCAUUUAAUAAGGAAGAUUUAAAUGCAAUAUUAAAAUUUGGUGCUGAAGAAUUGUUUAAGGAUGAUGAUGAGAAUGAUGAGGACCCCGUCUGUGAUAUUGAUGAAAUCCUGCAAAGAGCUGAAACUCGCGAUGAAGUCCCCUCCAUGGCGGGAGAUGAACUUCUGUCAGCUUUCAAAGUUGCUAGCUUUGCCUUUGAUGAAGACAAAGCAGUAAUGGAGGUUAAAAAAGAGAAUGCGGAAGAAGAAAGCAAAGAUUGGGAUGACAUUAUACCUGACCAUGUGAGGAAAACUAUCGCUGAGCAGGAGAAAAACAAAGAAAUGGAAGACUUAUACUUGCCACCUAGGAGAAAGAAUCUACAAGCUAAUAAUGCUGAUGGUACUGAAGGUCGUAAGCGUCGGGGUCGUGGGUCUGGCGAGGGCGGCGAUGGCGCGGACUUGGACGGCGACGGCGAGAGCGACAUCUCCGACGCGAGUGCGGACGACGACCGCCCGCGAAAGCGAGGCCGCCCGCCUGCCUCGCAUAGGGAGAAAAUCAAGGGAUUCACUGAUCAAGAGAUACGAAGGUUCGUAAAGAGCUUCAAGAAAUUCUCAGCGCCCUUAAAACAUCUAGAUAGUAUCGCCUGUGAUGCAGAAUUACAAGAAAAACCACUCGCAGAUCUCAAAAAGUUAGGUGAAAUUCUACAAGAGCGAUGUAAAGCAGUGUUAAACGACACUUCAGAAGCACCAAAUGAACAGUUAGACGGUCGCAAAAACACUAGAAAAACUUUUAAACUUGGUGGAGUACCUGUAAAUGCAAAAACGAUGGCUGCAUGUCAAGACGAAUUAGCACCCCUCGAUGACUUCCUGCCUGACACCAAAGAAGAAAGGUUAAAGUGGCAGCUGGACUUUAGAACAAGACCAGCAAACUUCGAUGUGGAGUGGGGUGUACCAGAUGAUUCCAAAUUACUAGCAGGAAUAUAUCAAUAUGGUAUGGGUUCAUGGGAGGCAAUCAAAAUGGAUUCCUCUUUUGAAAUUGGAGACAAAAUUCUCACAAACGAAGAUAAAAAACCUCAGGCGAAGCAUUUGCAGUCUCGUGCCGAGUAUUUGCUGAAAUUAAUAAAAAAAUUACUUGAUACAAAGAAUGGCAAGCAAAAGCAGAGAAAACCUCGGACGAAACGGGGUAAUAAGGAGCCUGUUACUAAGGACAUAGUGGAAGAUGACGCUAGUUCUGGUGACGAGAAUAAAAAAUCAAACAAGACUGGUAAAAAUGAUAAAUCUGAUAAGAGUAAAUCUAAACUAGAAGAGUUGUCUACACAUGACGAGACCUCAAAUGAUAAGAAAGAAAAAGAUAAAAAACGCGGGAAGAGGGACAGUAACAGAAAAAAUGAUAAAUCCAAAUCUCGAAAUAAGAAGCCCGCCGGUCCUAUGCAUUUCACUGCCAACAAUGAACCAAGGGCGUUAGAGGUUCUUGGUGAUCUUGAUCCAUCAGUUUUUGAAGAGUGCAAGGAGAAAAUGAGGCCAGUCAAAAAAGCCUUACGAGCUCUUGAUAAUCCAGAUCAGACACUCUCUGAAGCGGACCAAGUUGCUAGGACGCGGGCUUGUCUCACACAGAUAGGCAACCAAAUAGACAUAUGUGUAGAUGCAUACCCCGAUCCUGAGAAGAAAGUUGAGUGGAGAAGUAAUCUCUGGUAUUUUGUUUCAAAGUUUACAAAUUUUGACGCAAAACAGCUUUAUAGGUUAUAUAAAUAUGGACUGAAGAAAACUGAAUCAUCUAGUAAAAGAGAAGGAAAACAUAAAGAAAACGUUAAGUCUAACAAUAAAAAUAAUCACAAUAGCAAUCAUGUAAAGUCGUAUAAGAAAGAUGGUAAAGCAGACAAUGCUAAUGAUAAGAAAGAAAAGAGACCUAAAACGGAUCGAGACAAAUUCGAUAAAAACAAUGACAAAAUUCCACACACGUCUGGAAUAAAGAGAAAGUUAGAAGAAGGAGAAUGUGACCCAGACCCCAGUGAGAAUAAGCGUCACGAAAGACAUAAAAACAAACACAAGGAUCGCAAGGAUAGGGAUAGGAGCCUGAAGCGGGACGAUUUGAUGUACAGAGAGCGGAGUCGGUCGGAGCGGGAGCGAGAUCGGGACCGCGACCGGGAGCGGGACCGAGACCGGGAGCGGGAUCGCGAGCGAGACCGCGACCGAGACCGCGAGCGCUCGCGGACGCGGCGCGACAGCGGCGGGCUCGGCGCCGCGCGCUCGCGCCCGCCCUACAGCAUGCCGCACGCGCACGCCGACCACGCCGCGCCGCACGCGCACCCCGCCUGGACGCCGCCCUCCUACCCCGGCCCCAGGCAGUACCGCGCGGACCGCACGCCGCGCCCGCACGACAAGCGCAGCAGGUACAGCGGCUUCAGUGGAAGCAUGCAAGGCAACCCCUAUGGUGGUUACUACGACAGUACGACCAUGGCGGCCGGCAUGGGCUUUCCGCCUGUGAGGCCUUACCCGGAUGAGUGGCGAAGCUAUACGCAGCCUGAUUACGCAUACGAUGACCGGGACUAUGAGCGCGAAGUGUACAGGAGAGAUUACGAUCGUCGCGCACCUCCCACCUAGUACCGUCAUUCCGUCGCGCGUUGUAAAUAACUUUGUAUUUAAUUUUGUAAAUAGGUAGCCUGUAGUAUCACCUCUUUCCGAGAACGCUGGUAUAACCGUGAAAGUGUAAAGUUUAAGUGACAAAAGUGCUGUGGUUUUUAUCUAUGUGAUAAGCGAAAGCGCAUCGAUUUGAUAUGAGACGUUAUUAGUGACAUUUUAUAAGUAAGACUGUAUAGUAAAUUUAUUUAUUGCCGAAUCUGUCGAUUGUUUGUUAAUGUACAGAAUUUAGAAAAAACAACCAUUAAUUUUAUAUUGUUCCAAUUUAGUGGCAGUCUUAAUUAAUUGUUUUUUUUAAAUCUCUAAUCCAAUGUUUUAUGUAAUUGAUGCCUCAUGUCGUUAUUUAUGUAUUUAACUUGACAGAAACAAGUGAUAUAAAUAGGUCGUAGUCAAUGUACAAAAUUUAGCAAUUGUUAGUAGGUUUGCAUGUAAUUAUAAAUCAUGUGCAAUUUCAAUAAAUUGUGUAUAGCUUAGCAGAAGGGGCACAUAACUUUGUCAUUGCAUUUUAGCAGUGGACAGGAAAGAGUUUUUAUUUGUAAAUUCAUUUCUCAUUUUGCGUGCAUUUCCGAGUCCUGACAUGGCUCGUACAAUCCUAUUUUUAUACAUUAUGUAAAUUCUUAUUCUCUGUUACAUGCAAUUGUGAAUGUAAUAUGGGGUGAAAAUGUCUUAAAUGGUAUAUACCAUGAUAAUAAAUAAACAUAUUAAAGUUGA